AUGUAUCACUUUCUACCUUCAUUGAUAACAGCUUUGAUGCUGAAGAUGGCAAACGCGCAAGUUGUCAUCGAUCGCGUAGCCGACAACUUCGCCUGGAGCGACCCUUUCGGUGCAUAUGCCACACCGCCAGGUUUCGAAAACAAGUGCGAAGCGACAGCAAACUUCCAUGCUACUCAGCAUGUCAUUCGAGAAGCCCACCAACCACCGCCCGUGGGACUUGCCCCAUGGAUUGAUGCGAUCAAGUACUUUUUCGGUGGUCGGCCGUUUCCUGGGAGCUGGGAUGGGGUCGACUCUAGGGGGAUCAACCGGGAGGUGAUCAUGAUGGAGUAUGCUGAGGUGCCGAAAGCGGUCAAAGAUUGGAUUCUGGAACAACAAAAAGAGGAUGGUGACACGAAGUGGCUCUUUGGAAUAUAUGAGAAGCCAAAGAACGGAGGCAAGAUCGGAGGCACGGCAAAAAUAGGAUCGACAUCUGACGACCUGGCGGGAUUGGCGCCGGAGGAUCUGGUAGUCCUCUUUGCGGCCGGAGCCAUCUAUGAGAUCCUGCCCUUAUGGGUAGCGGCAGAGAGCGAUUGCAAAGCUGACCUAUUGGAUCUAUCAAAAUACAGCCCGACUCCCAAAGAUGAAAGUGUGGUUGCUUGGGUUGUUGAGCGGACCGUGCCAGACUGGGACUCGAAGAGUCGCGACAUAAAGUUUAAGAUCAAAGCCCAGGUUUUGACAGAGACUGCGGAAGCUCGCGCUGCUCGAAUAAGAGAGGAGAAAAUGGAGUUAGCGGAAUCGAGCGAAGAUUCUAUGGCUACGCCGCCUGUUGAUGCUCCUUCAGUUGCCAAGGAUGAGUUAUAG